AUGAUGGAAGAAAAACGUAGUCGGACUGCUAUAAAGAGAAAUCUACAUGACAUCCAAACUAAAUUUAAAGAAGUAGUAGCCUACAAUGACCAGCUCGAAAAGUAUCUUGAAGGGGAUGAAGAAAUACUCGCGGACAUGUAUAUCCUCACUGACUUAACAGUCGACGUAAAUUGCAUAACUGGCAUGGUACAGGAACAUCUACAAGACCGAACCGGUGAGACCUCGACAUACAUCGGUUCAGAGACUAGUUCACAGCACAGUAGUCCACCCCCCGAGCCCCAAGUGGAAGGUGAUGAUCAAGAUGAAACUGACAAGCAGAAACUGGAAGAACUUGAAGCUGAACAGAAGAGAAAAGAUGAAGCAGCCUACCUAUCAGAAUUAGCCCAGCAGAAAAGAACCGAAGCUGCUCGACUCGAAUUAGAAGCAGAGGAAGCUGAAAGACAGUCAGAAGCCAUUGGAGGUGGGUGUAACCAGUCCGGACAAAAACUGCCUGCAAACCUGCCAACACAACCAGAGAUAUGCGGUAAAGAAAAGGCUGCACUUUAUGUACAACACCUCGAACAAGUCCAGACACAGGGAGCCCAAUCUGAAAAUGCCAGUGAAGAAGAUUGGAUCGUUGGAUUUCGAAAGACACUGAAAGUUAAUGUUCGAUCAGUGGACCCUGGAAAAAUCCCCGUAAGAGCAGAUGUGCCUAUUUAUAAUGGCGAUCCAUUGAAGUGGUUGUCCUGGAGUGGUCUCUUCAAAGCGCUUGUACACAAUACGAAGAUGACCUCGGAAGCCAAGAUGGGAUUCCUUCACACAAAGCUUUCUAAAGAAUGUGACCAAGUGAUUGCAGGUCUAUUCCCAGAUGACGAAGGAUAUGCCGAAGCCCUAAUGCUAUUACGGGAUAGAUAUGGUCAUCCAACUACGCUAAAGCAGCUCAUCUACAAGUAUUGA